GCGCGGCUUGUGGAACUGUCCGCGGGUGCAGUGGUCGAAAACUCGAAAGGACUGUCAAAAAAAAGAAAUGGCUACACUAAACGCUUGUGAUACGCAUUGAGCAUUUAGAAAAUUGCUAUUUAAUUAGGAAACCAAUAGCUAUUUUCACGCGUGUUAAUUACCUGCGUAAUGUAUUACAUUGCUUAUUGUUAAGACCUAAGACAUAAGACAUAAGUUUGAUUAUCAUUGUCCAAUAAAAUGUAUGAAACUGAAGACGAUCAAUAUGAGGAGGAAGAAGUUGAGGAAAUUUCGUCUGAACUUUGGCAGGAAGCCUGUUGGAUUGUUAUCAAUGCUUAUUUUGAUGAGAAAGGUUUAGUAAGGCAGCAACUUGACAGCUUCGACGAGUUCAUACAAAUGUCCGUGCAGCGCAUCGUUGAAGAUUCCCCUCCGAUAGAGUUGCAAGCUGAAGCCCAGCAUUCAUCUGGUGAAAUCGAAACACCACCGAAAUACCACUUGAAGUUUGAUCAAAUCUACCUCUCGAAACCUACCCAUUGGGAAAAAGAUGGUGCCCCAUCGCCUAUGAUGCCUAACGAAGCCCGUUUACGCAAUUUGACUUAUUCAGCCCCUCUCUACGUGGACAUAACCAAAACGAUUGUGAAAGAAAAUGAAGAUCCUAUUGAAACCCAGCAUCAAAAAACGUUCAUUGGCAAAAUUCCCAUUAUGUUGAGAUCUACAUACUGUCUACUCAGCAAUUUGACGGAUCGUGAUUUAACAGAAUUAAAUGAAUGCCCUUUAGAUCCCGGUGGCUAUUUCAUUAUAAACGGAUCUGAGAAGGUUUUAAUCGCUCAAGAGAAGAUGGCCACUAAUACAGUGUAUGUAUUCAGUAUGCAAGGUGGAAAAUAUGCUUAUAAAACUGAAAUUCGUUCUUGCCUUGAACACAGCUCAAGACCCACAUCCACUUUAUGGGUAAAUAUGAUGGCAAGAGGUGGUCAAAGUAUCAAAAAGUCAGCUAUUGGUCAAAGAAUUGUUGCAAUUGUACCAUAUAUAAAACAAGAAAUACCUAUUAUGAUUGUAUUUAGAGCUCUGGGCUUUGUCGCUGAUAGAGACAUUUUAGAGCACAUAAUUUAUGAUUUUGAUGAUCCAGAAAUGAUGGAAAUGGUUAAGCCUUCAUUAGAUGAGGCAUUUGUGAUACAAGAACAAGGAGUUGCGCUCAGCUUUAUAGGUGCCCGUGGAGCACGGCCUGGUGUUACUAAAGAAAGACGUAUUAAAUAUGCUAGAGAAAUUUUACAAAAAGAAAUGUUACCACAUGUUGGAGUUUCUGAUUUCUGUGAAACUAAAAAAGCUUACUUUUUGGGUUAUAUGGUACACAGACUUCUGUUAGCUGCACUGGGUCGCCGUGAACUUGAUGACAGAGAUCACUAUGGUAAUAAAAGACUUGAUUUAGCUGGUCCCUUACUAGCUUUCUUGUUUAGAGGACUUUUCAAAAAUUUGUUAAAAGAAGUCAGGAUGUAUGCACAAAAAUUUAUUGACAAAGGCAAAGACUUCAAUCUUGAGUUGGCUAUCAAAACUAAGAUUAUAACUGAUGGACUGCGAUAUUCCUUGGCCACAGGUAACUGGGGUGAUCAAAAGAAAGCCCAUCAAGCAAGAGCUGGAGUGUCUCAAGUAUUGAAUAGAUUGACUUUUGCUUCCACUUUAUCUCACUUGAGACGUGUUAACUCUCCCAUUGGUCGUGAUGGGAAGUUGGCCAAACCUCGUCAAUUACACAAUACAUUGUGGGGUAUGAUUUGCCCUGCAGAAACUCCUGAAGGUGCAGCUGUAGGCUUGGUGAAAAACUUGGCCUUAAUGGCUUAUAUUUCUGUUGGAAGUCAACCAUCUCCAAUAUUAGAGUUCUUGGAAGAGUGGUCUAUGGAGAACUUGGAAGAAAUAGCACCCUCAGCAAUUGCAGAUGCAACUAAAAUAUUUGUAAAUGGUUGUUGGGUGGGCAUUCAUAGAGAUCCUGAACAACUUAUGGCUACAUUGCGAAAACUAAGACGACAAAUGGACAUUAUAGUUUCAGAAGUCAGUAUGAUACGUGAUAUUCGAGACAGAGAAAUAAGGAUUUAUACUGAUGCAGGCAGAAUAUGCAGACCCCUCCUUAUUGUUGAAAAUGGGGCUUUGCUAUUGAAGAAAAAACAUAUUGAUCAACUUAAAGAAAGAGAUUACAAUAAUUAUGGAUGGCAGAAUUUAGUAGCAAGUGGUGUGGUUGAAUACAUUGAUACUCUUGAAGAAGAGACUGUGAUGAUUGCAAUGAGCCCUGAUGAUUUGGCACAAGUAAAAGAAUAUGCCUAUUGUACCACUUAUACCCACUGUGAAAUUCAUCCUGCUAUGAUUUUGGGCGUUUGUGCAUCCAUUAUACCAUUCCCGGAUCAUAAUCAAAGUCCCAGAAAUACUUACCAAAGUGCUAUGGGUAAGCAAGCUAUGGGUGUCUAUAUUACAAACUUCCAUGUAAGAAUGGACACACUAGCUCAUGUGCUCUAUUAUCCCCAUAAACCAUUAGUUACAACCAGAUCUAUGGAGUACUUACGUUUCAGAGAAUUGCCUGCAGGAAUAAAUUCUAUUGUAGCUAUUUUAUGUUACACUGGUUAUAACCAAGAAGACAGUGUCAUUUUAAAUGCAUCAGCUGUAGAAAGAGGUUUCUUUAGAUCUGUGUUUUACCGUUCAUAUAAGGACUCUGAGUCUAAAAGAAUUGGUGAUCAAGAAGAACAAUUUGAAAAGCCAACCAGAAGUACCUGCCAAGGAAUGAGAAAUGCUCUUUACGAUAAAUUGGAUGAUGAUGGCAUUAUUGCACCUGGCAUAAGAGUUUCAGGGGAUGAUGUUGUUAUUGGCAAAACAAUAACUUUGCCAGAAAAUGAUGAUGAGCUGGAAGGUACCACAAAACGCUAUAGUAAACGCGAUGCUUCAACAUUUUUACGUAACAGUGAGACAGGUAUUGUUGAUCAAGUAAUGCUAACCCUUAACAGUGAAGGGUACAAGUUUUGCAAGAUUCGUGUGAGAUCAGUGCGUAUUCCACAAAUUGGCGAUAAGUUCGCAUCUCGUCACGGACAGAAAGGAACUUGUGGAAUUCAAUAUAGACAAGAAGAUAUGCCAUUCACAUGUGAAGGACUUACUCCUGAUAUUAUUAUCAAUCCCCAUGCCAUCCCAUCUCGAAUGACGAUUGGUCAUUUGAUUGAAUGUAUUCAAGGAAAGGUAUCAUCAAAUAAAGGAGAAAUAGGUGAUGCUACACCUUUUAACGAUGCCGUAAAUGUGCAAAAAAUUUCAUCUCUACUUCAAGAGUAUGGAUAUCAUUUACGUGGAAAUGAGGUGAUGUAUAAUGGUCACACCGGAAGAAAAAUAAAUGCCCAAGUUUUCUUAGGUCCCACAUAUUAUCAACGUUUGAAGCAUAUGGUGGAUGAUAAAAUUCACUCUAGAGCCAGAGGGCCAGUCCAAAUAUUGGUUAGACAGCCUAUGGAAGGGAGAGCUCGUGAUGGAGGUUUACGUUUUGGAGAAAUGGAACGAGAUUGCCAGAUAGCUCAUGGAGCAGCCCAAUUUUUAAGAGAACGUCUUUUUGAGGUGUCCGAUCCUUAUCGUAUACAUGUUUGUAAUUUCUGCGGCUUGAUUGCAAUUGCUAAUCUACGAAAUAACACUUUUGAGUGCAAGGGCUGUAAAAACAAGACACAAAUUUCGCAAGUGCGUCUACCAUAUGCAGCAAAAUUACUGUUCCAGGAACUAAUGUCUAUGAAUAUUGCACCCAGACUUAUGGUCAUAAGCUAAUCAUACUGAUGUCAUUCAUUUUUCAUACAUUAUUAAUACAUAAGUAUAAGGAAAUGUUUAAAAUAAAUAUUUGCAAACAUUUAA